AAUUUAAAAACUUAAGGAGUUCCUAUUGUCAAGAAUUGAAAAAAAUAGCCGACAGUGAGCGGUCUGGAGCCGGAACUGACGACAUUUACAGGCCAAAAAUUAUCUGGUUUGAGCUGAUGAACUCUUUCAUUCGCCCAUUCGUUCAGCAACGACCCACACAAUCAAAUCUGCUAUUACCAACAACGGUAACUGAGGAAUCUCAACAGGAACAGGCAAAACUGGACGAGUCACAAUCACCAUCUCAACAUCAAAGUUCUGUUGACCAUCUCAACGAGAAAGUGUCAUCCACACCACAAAUCACAGCAGGAACUGAGGCACCCAGAAGAACAGUUAAACGACAAAUGCCUUCGACUGUGUCCCAGCCAUCAUCAUCAAACAAAAAAGCUUUGCUCGACCCCCAAAUAACUUUCAUGUCUGGUGCCAUUGAAAAAUUAGAAAAUAUUUCAAAUCGUGCUGCACUAAUUACGAAAGAAGAUACCUAUGAUCAUUUCGGUAAAUAUGUUGCGUCAAUGUUACGUAGUAUUGGACCUCCAACCGCUAUGAGACUUCAAGAAACAAUUACUUCUUUCAUAAUUAAUGCAAUGUGCCCACCACCAACUCCAUCCAAUCAGUCAGCAGACCUAACAAGUGGAACAGAGUCAAACAUGAGUGGUUUUUCUGAAGAAUUUUUUUUUACAAAGUUAUAAGUCGAGCUAAGUAGUCCUAAUAAAAAUACAAAAAAUACUUUAUUUGUUAGUUACCUUUACCUACUAUAAUAAAAUACGUAAAAUAAGAAAAAAUGUGCUUUAAUUUACUUACUUGUA